AUGCGGAACGACGAUAUCGUCCGCCGCGCGCGCUCGGACGGGCGCGCGUACCGCGACGGCGACGAGAAUGGGAGCGAAGAUGGAGUGAAAUCAGCAUCGAGUCGCGAGCGUUCGGAUGCUUCGACGAGCGUGACGCGACGCACCGCGUGGUUCGCGUCGCUCUUGGGGCGCGAGACCGCGCGCGGGCGUCUCGAACGUCGCGCGGCGUACGAGCGACGACGCGCGGAGGCGAUUCGAGCGAAUGGGGCGCGCGUGGAGGCGAGCGAGAGCGUUCGCGCCGUCGCGAUGGACGUCGAGCGCUUGCCGAGCGACGAUCCCACGGCGCGAUCGGUGACGAUGGUGGAGGCGUUGAAACGGAUUCUGGUGACGCACGCGAUCGGGACGAGACGGGGGUAUCGGCAGGGAAUGCACGAGGUUGCGUCGGCGGUGCUGUUGUGUUGCGCGAGCGCGGCGGAGUACUCGGCGGCGCCAAAGGGAACGGGACGGUGGGAGGACGGCGAUUCGGAAUCGAUGGCGUUCGUCGAUGUGGAUCACGGCGAGGAUAAAGACGCCGAGGCGGCGGGGGAGAGGGAUUAUAGGUUUGUCGAGCACGACGCGUUUGCCGCGUUCGUGGCGCUCAUGGGCGACGCGAGCGACCGCGAGUCGGACGGGCGCCUCAUCUUGGCGGCGUAUUACGAGGACGCGUCGACGCCCACGUCACCGAUAAGCGAGGCGUUUCGAAGGAUAAACAACGCCCUACGAUCGGUGGACGCGGCUUUAGCGAAAAAAUUGCGAGACUUGGAAGUCGAGCCCCAACUGUAUCUACUUCGAUGGCUUCGGCUCGCGUACGGACGAGAGUUCCAUCGAAGCGAUGUCCUCGAGCUGUGGGAUGCCAUUUUCGAGUGUUUGCCGGGCGUCACGUCGGACGGAGAGACGAUUUCGAGUCGCGACGUGUACGAAGGGAUGGCGGUGAGCGUCUUGAUCUCGAUGCGAAACGAGCUGUUGAGCGCCGAGGACUUCGGCACGGCGAUGAGUCAGUUGCAGCAGGUACCUCAGGGGAUCCAUAUGCGCCAUAUGAUCGCGAGAUCGAAGGCGAUCGCGAUGACUGGGCAGUUGAAAGAGAAUGGCCCGGAAAACAUCCUGACCUGGACGAAGUCCUCGAGAAAGCACGCUCGUCAAUCGACGACGGUGAAGAAUCGUCUCGUCGUUCCAGGCAUCGCCGGUAAGUCGAUGUCCACCUCGCAGAGCAAUGAUGUGGACAGUCUCGAUGUCGAGGCCUCCGCGAACGAAGAGAGUUCAUCGGUAUCAUUUGAUCUCGAGGCUUCGUAUGAGUCCCAGGCGCGACGAGAGGAGAAGAUUUCGAAGCCUUAUCGACGCGUCGAGUCGCUCACGCUCAGUGUCCCGGCGCCGGUAUCGAUGACGCGCACCCGUCGCCCUUCCAGACGCGAUGUCGAAGGCCUUGAACUCGACUCCGACCCGUUCACGGCACCAAUCUUUGGUGCGGUAUCGAGACAGGACCCCGAUCGGACGACGAACACCGACGUCGCCGCCUCCCGAGAAGCCGCCAUGCGCCAUCUUCGAGCCGCCCUGGACGCUCUCUCGCGCGCCUCAUCCUCCGGCGACGUCGAUGCCGGCGUCGCCGCGCUCCAGAUCGACACCGCCCUCGGCCGUUUGAGUGAUUAA